AUGAAGAGAUUAUAUCCAUCAAGAUCGGUUACAGUAGCUCUGCUUCUGAUUUUGCUAGCUUUCUUUUGCAGCAAGGUUCAUACAGAGGGACAAAGAGAUUUGCAGAUAAGCAUGGACAAAUCUAUUGGAGGUAGCUUGCGAAGAAUCCCAAGGAGUCGAUACAGUCCUAUACAGAACAAGUAA